AUGUCUGAAGAAAAUUGCCUUCCUAAAACAUCUAUAAAUAAGCUUAUUAAGGAAAAUUUAUCUAAUUCUAUUCGUGUCUCAGCUGAUUUUAGAGAUGUUGUUGCUGAUUGUGGUGUUGAAUUUAUUCAUAUCAUUGCUGCUCAAGCAAAAGAUGUAGCAGCUAAUACAAAUAGAAAAACAUUAAGUACAGACCAUGUACUAACUGCUCUUUCUGAUCUUGGACUUGGUGAUUAUAAUAAUGAAUUAAGAGAGCUUGUAGACUCUCAAUUAAAAGAGGUUAGUAAAAAACCUCAAGAACCUGAAAUGUCUCAAGAAGAAAAAAUAAGAAAACAAAAAGAGUAUGAAAUGAAUGCAAGUAAAAAAAUAGAAGAACAAUAUGGUAAAGAAGCAUUUCAGGCUUUAAUGUCAUCACUUGAUCGGUCAUGUGGAAAUGAUACAAGUAAUAUAACUAAUAUUGAUGGUUUAAAUUAA